GCUGCAUUCGCCAGAAGCGCAGGAGAGCGAGCAGCAGCAUUAGUCCAUUCUACCAUCCUCAGUUGAUUUUCAAUUCCCCUCGUCAGUAAUUCCCGCCAUCAACAGCACUUCACCAUGGUUUUCGGCAAGGACAAAGAGCAGCAGCGGCCUCAAGAGGCUGCGGAUAUCCCUUCGCAUCUGACCGACCUGCACUGCUUCACCGAAACAGAGGGCGUCGUGACAACCACCAUGAACGAUCUCCCCGGCUACCGCAUCGAGCAGGUCCUCGGCACAGUCUACGGCAUCACGGUGCGGUCGCGCAACAUCGGCGCCAGCCUGGGCAUGGUCUUCAAGAGCAUGGCCGGCGGCGAGCUGCAGUGGUUCACGUCCAUGCUGUAUGCGUGCCGGAACGACUCCAUCAGCAGAGUCGUCGACGAGUGCAAGCGGCGGGGUGGCAACGCCAUCAUCUGUCUGAGAUUCGAUGCGGGAGACAUGGGGGGCUUCGCUCAGACGGCGGCGUAUGGGACAGCGUGCCGGGUUGUCAAGAUUGAUGAGAGCACCCACGCGCCACCGCAGCUGCAGGGGGCUAGACACGAGUAGAGCCUGGCGCUUAGCUUGGGAGAGAGGCCGGAGAAUCUGUCUGGGGUUGGCAAUGCGAGCUGUCGGCUGUCAUAAGGCUGCGGCAAACCAACGUGGCUGGAGCUGAUGAGAGACAAAGAUGUGGCAAACCGUUCUAUGUAUAGGCCAGUCUGGGGGAGCUGCGGCCAAGCUGAUUUGGCGAUGGUUGCCUCUUGUGUAUGUAUAUGUCUGCGCCACAGCCUUGGCUUGUCCUUUUGCUCUGCGUGUAGCGGCGAGACUUAUCACGAUAGCAUCUUUUUUCGGUAAUAUCCAUGCCAGUCCGUGCUGCUGUCCCAUAUACAUGCAGGUAGGCUAUUGCUUCCUACCUAGUAGUAGUACUACCAAGUAUAACAUAAUAUACACCCCCCCG